AGUAGAGUCGGACAAUGAUGUCGUUACAAUACAAAGAGAAGACAUUGACGGAGUGAGUGUUGAAGCACCUUCUCUCAAUAACGAGGAGGAAAUAGACCUAGAAGCUAUAGAUGAAUCUGAUCAUGAUAAUGGAGAUGACUUCAGUGAUUCUGCAACAGAUGAAGAAUAUCUUUCUGAAGAUGAACAUGAUGCAAAUGAGGAUGAUGAUUGGUUGUGAUUUUCAGCUACUGCAAGACAACUUUGGUUAUUACAAUCACUUUCUUUAUAGGAUUUCGGUUCUUCCAUCAUCUAGUCGCUCAAUUAAUUUAACCUGUCAACCAAGCUUGUUGCAGCCUAUCAUGAUGACAAAUGUGCAUAUUUCUGAUAGUACUGGACCUACUGAUGUAAUUUCACAUCCACAAUCAGGAAAAAAGAGAAAGGGAAGGGGGAAGACAACAGGGCUUUCAAUCCAAAAGAAACGCAAAUACAGUGACAAUGGCAAGUUGGAGGUGAUUAUCCCACCGGAUCGAACAAUAGCAGUAGGUCCUGGAGCUAAUGAUUUUGUUACCGAACUUUCGGUCAAAGUUUUUCAGCAUGCUAGGCAUGAUGUCAAGAAUUGGAAGAACGUUUCUAAUCUAGCAAAAGAUAGGAUCAUUGCGCAUAUCUUUGGUAAUUCACUUUAUUUCUCUUAAAGUUUCUGAUCUAGC